UGGCCUAACAUUACACAUCCUCGUACCUAUCCUCGUACCUAUCCUCGUACCUAUCCUCGUACCUAUCCUCGUACCUAGCCUUGUACCUAGCCUCUAACUUGGCCUAACAUUACAUAUCCUCGUACCUAGCCUCGUGCCUAGCCUCUUACCUGGCCUAACAUUACCUUUCCUCGUACCUAUCCUCGUACCUAGCGUAAUAUUACCUACCAUCUUACCUAGCCUCUUACCUGGCCUAACAUUACCUACCCCUUUUUCUAGCGUAGUAUAAGGUGCAAUAAUAAUCACUUACUUUUACAGUAUUAGAAACUCAUUUGAUAAGAAUAAGUGUUUGGCGACAAAACUCACAAAAACGUCCUUUAAUUCUUUGCAAAAAACGCAUCAAAGCCAAUUUAAAAAAUAGCAUAAUUUUGAUCAUGUAAAUAUAAAAAAAUGAACGCCGAAUCUGAUAUUCGGAUUAAAGCAUUUGAUUGAAGUACGUAUGGUGUAUAUAAUGUUAUAGAGGUAAAUUAACAGAAUAAAGCUACCGAGUCGAAUUUUGUAUGAACAUGGUUAUUAAGCAGUGUUACAACGUUGUUAAUAAGCCGUUUAUUUAUAACCAAAAUUUGGUUUAAAUGCAGGUUUCAAACUAGAAACUACGAACAUACGUAAAGUACGUCAUCAUUGUAAAAAUUGGGUGAUUGUUUCUGUCAAUUCAUUAAGCCUUGUUUUUAUAUUGAUCACAAAUUCGAGUAACGCGUACUUUAGUUUGGUUUUUGUUGUACACUUACACAACGUGGGCUAUUUUGUCACUUUCCAUGUCAUAUUCAUAUGUUUUUCAGAUGAAUAGGACAGUUCUAAUGUAUCAUUUCCAAUUUGGUAGCGGAGUAACUGAAUAAGAAUCUGCGUUCAUGUGAUAUAAAACAAACAAAUCGAACUAGACAAAAAAUCUACACGUACUUUUCAGUUAUAUAAAAUGUCGAAAUACAUUUUUGCCGAUUAUAUAUAUAUAUAUAUAGAACCUCUACAUAAAGUAUAUUAUUAAUAUGCUUUUAAACAUAAAAUCAUUUACGAGUUUUCAAUGUUUUUCCUUUUGGUGACGGUGCUGAUAAACGAGAAGGAGGUGGACUGUAAUGGCCAUUGUGCUUGCUGUGAAGGAGGAGAGGCUGAGUGUGGAUGGGCUGAUGAAAAAUCUGAUUAUUGUUUAAAAGGAUGUGUAAACACAAUAUACGGACACAAAUGCAAAAACCCAUGUCCUGGUAACUGCGCUACUUGCGACCAAACUUACGGGACGUGUACUACUUGCAGGGAUUCAUUUUACGAUAGCAAUAGUGCUUGUAGCAUGACAUGUCCUCUUGGGUGUGAUGGCCCUUGUAGUGAUGACGGAUUUUGUAGCGCAUGUAAAUCAAAUUUUGAAGGAGAUAGAUGCGAUGUAUGCAUACCAGGGAAAUACGGUGAAGAUUGUUCUAUGAACUGCCAUUAUCAAAACUGCCGUUGUACAGAGUUGAAUGGAUGUGAUUCGUGUAAAACAGGAUUCGCUGGUUUUUUGUGCACUGAAUGCGUAGCUGGAAAAUAUGGGUCAAACUGCACCAUUAGUUGUCCUUACGAAUGCGAGGGUGGAAACUGUAUGAGAAACGGAGUAUGCAUUGAAUGCAUAUCUGGAUAUUAUGGCGAACAAUGCAAAGAUAUGUGUUCUAAGGGUUGUAGUGGUGAAGUUUGUUAUAAAAAUGGAACAUGUGCAUGUACGGAUAAUUUUACAGGUAAAAUGUGCGACCAAUGUAUUGAAGGGAAAUUUGGGGACUUUUGUCAACAUGAAUGCAGUGUAGGAUGUGUUACGUUGUUCUGUGGCAAAGACGACGGAUCAUGCUAUGGUGGAUGUAAAGAUGGAAUCCAUGGCAUUGAUUGUUCUCAGAAAUGUACCGAUAUUUACGAUGAGUGUUUAAAAUGUAGCCAGCUUAAUGGAACGUGUUUGAUGUGUAACACAGGAUUUUACCCGAAUGAAAAUGGAGAUUGCACUACUUGCAAUAGUAACUGUAAUAAUGGACAGUGUAAUCAUGAAACAGGCAAAUGUAUAAAUGGCUGUGCAGUCAGGUUUAGGGGAGACAAGUGUGACGUCAAUUGUUAUUCAAAUUGUGGAACAUGUAGGCAAGAUUCAGGAAUAUGUAAUUUAUGUACAAAUCUUACUAUUCACGGUCUGUAUUGUAACGAAUCAUGCAUGCCAUCAUGCUAUAGAAGAAAGUGCGAACAAAGUACUGGUCAUUGUUCCCUUGGAUGCGAUGGAGACUUUUUUGGCAAUUUGUGUGAAACCAAAUGCCCUGAGAAUUGUCAGCACACAGGAACAAAAACAAGUUGUAAUACUGAUGGCGACUGUUUGUAUGGCUGCAUAAAUGAUCUUGAAGGAAGAUCUUGUACGGAAAGACGAACUUACAAUGCUUCUUCUACAAAUACUGCACUCACAGCUUUAGUGGGAGUGUUUGCUACUUUGUUCCUUUGUACAGCUGCUGGUUGUUUCCUGUGGAAUAGACGAUUGUCUAAAUCAAUAGUACAACAAUCGGAAAUACAGUUAAAUCAAUGUGAAACCGAAAGUUCAUAUGAACAGUUACAAAGACAGUCUAACGUACCAGCAAACAUAAGUGUUGAGGACAAUUACACUGUGCUUUCAAUGUAGAAAUUCACAACAAUAAUAUGUAUUAUUUUAUACUUGAACUAGGACAUUGCAAGAAGGAUAGUUACCCAAACAUUUACCAAUGCCGAUUUUGCAAUAGUUGCAAAAUAUGUGUUGUCUUGUUGUUUGUUAAUCUUGUAUACACUUUGUUUGGGCUUGAUCCUUUUGCCUUUAAAAAAUGAAAAUGGAUUCAUUUUAGUAACUGGACUUAUCCAGUAAAACACAUCACAUUCUUAUUUAUACAAUAACUUUAACUGAUGCAUUGAAAGUACUGAAAAUGAUCUAGCUGCAACAAAUGUAACUUUACUCUUAUUUCUAAAUCAUUUUCUUCAAAUAUCUAAACUAACCUGUAAUAUUGUAGUUGAAAAUCCUAUUUAAAAUGCUGUAAGUAAGUUAUGUAAAUAACGUAUUCCCCACACAAUUCGUUCUUCAUUCUAUUUCCUUUUAGUCCCUGAGUAGGUUUAUGUAUGCAUUAAAUAUCGGCUCAUUAUUACUGUUGAUUCUGUGAGAGGAAUGGCUCAGGUUCAAGAAAAAUGGGAAUGAUUGCGUCGCAUGCUGGUGAUAACCGAGAAAUCCAAGGUGGCUACCAAAUUUUGAAAGAUCAACAAUAGCAACAUUUCAGCUUUAAACAAACUUAUUUUCUGUACAGGUGAGGUUAACUGAUCAUUUUUUUCUUAUUGAUAGAACAUGAAAUUAGCGAAUGUCUCACAU